AUGACCCUUUCUGGAGGCAGCGACAGAGCCAGCGACAUGUCCGGCCAAACUGUGCUCACAGCGGAGGACGUGGAUAUCGACGUGGUGGGCGAAGGCGACGAGGAGGGCAUGGAGAGAGGGGACAGCGACUGCGACAGCCCGGGGGGAGGCAUCCUGCACGACCUCCGAGGAGGAGGUGGCGACGAGGAGGUGGAAGAAGAGAUCGAAGUGGAAAAGGAGGAGAUGAGGUCCGGCGGAGGGAGCCCGUGCUGCGAGAGCUCCGGGGAAGGAGAGACGGGCAUCGCGAAGGGAGAGGGUCAUGACCAGAGCGCAACGCCGGGAGGGGCGAUCCAGAAGCCCAAAAACAGCCUGGUAAAGCCGCCUUACUCUUACAUUGCCCUCAUCACCAUGGCCAUUCUCCAGAGCCCGCAGAAAAAGCUCACCCUGAGUGGGAUCUGUGAGUUCAUCAGCAAUCGCUUCCCGUACUACCGGGAGAAGUUCCCGGCGUGGCAAAACUCCAUUCGCCACAACUUGUCACUUAACGACUGCUUCGUGAAAAUCCCCCGGGAGCCUGGCAACCCAGGCAAGGGCAACUACUGGACCUUGGACCCACAGUCGGAGGACAUGUUCGACAAUGGCAGCUUCCUCAGGAGGAGGAAAAGGUUCAAGCGGCACCAGCCGGACGUGCUCAGGGACCAGACGGCUCUCAUGAUGCAAAGUUUCGGGGCGUACAGCCUCGGGAGCCCCUACGGGCGGCACUACGGGAUCCACCCGGCUGCGUAUUCCCAUCCGGCGGCGUUGCAGUACCCUUACAUCCCCCCUGUGGGUCCCAUGCUGCCGCCGGCCGUCCCCCUCCUGCCCUCGGCCGAGCUUAACAGAAAAGCGUUCAACUCCCAGCUCAGCCCAAGCCUUCAGCUCCAGCUCAACAGUCUGAGCACGGCGUCCAUGAUCAAAUCAGAGCCAUCGAGCAGACCGUCUUUCAGUAUAGAGAACAUCAUCGGGGUCUCCAGCGCCUCGUCGUCCUCACCGGGUGCCGCUCAGACUUUCCUGCGGCCUCCGGUGACCGUUCAGUCGGCCUUGCUGAGCGCUCAGUCUCUGUCGCUCACCCGGAGCUCAGCAGCUAUUGCGCCCAUCCUCAGUGUACCGUCAAAUAUCAUAUCUGGACAGUUUUUACCCUCAGUCACGGCGGCAGCAGUGUCCAAAUGGCCUUCUCAGUAA